AUGACUCAAGAAUUUCUUCCUCUUUGUGAUGUACUCUUUAACAUCAUUUCUCUUGCCUCAUACUUCUGUGAUGUAGUCUUCGAUAUGGUCACUGUCUAUUCCCUUUAUGAGUCAGAGCAAUAUGUCUGGUUUUCUGUGACCCUAUCCCUGAUUGUGAUUACCCAAGUUAGCUGUCAGAUCUUCUCUCUGCGAUGGUACAUAAGACGCCUUCGAAGCAAUGAAGUUGCAAAGGACUGUGACCUAAGUUUGGUCUUGGUAAUACACUUUCUCCAGUGUGGGAUAUUAUGGCGCUACUUCAAACUGUUCAUUCCAGUGGAACUCCAGUAUGUGAAGCAUGAUGUCCGUGAUUUGUGUUUGCUGCGUCUUUUACAUGGAUUUGUUGAAGCUGCACCCAUGCUUCUAAUCCAACUGUAUCUGAUUUGGUUGAAGGGAUCUUCAGGAGAAGUGACUGAUCUUAAUUGUGUGUCCACAGCUUUAUCAUUGUUCAGCGUAUGUUGGGCGCUUGCAUCAUUCAACAAAAACAUUCGAAAAAAGAAUGUUCAUAAGCUUGUGAUGACAUGGCUUGGUGUCAUCUGCCAAUUCUUCUGGAGGCUUGGCAUGAUCACAUCAAGGGCUAUAUCUCUGACAGUGUAUGCCAAUGUCUAUCAUUACUGGGUCUUCCUGGUGAUGGGGCUCCAUUGGACUAGCAUGUUUUUAUGGUUGGUGUCUCCAAAGAAUGUCUUUCAUGGGGAAAAAGUUCCUCUCUACAGAAAGGUGAUAUUCUCAAGCCUUAUUGCAUUCAUUUACUGUUUCUGCUAUAUCAACCUUGAGGAGGUUAAUCCACGAUUAAAGAUGACAAUUUUCUAUGUUGUGAUGUUUUUGGAAAAUGCUCUUCUGAUAGCUGUAUGGCUUGUUGGAAUCUAUGAGCAGAUGCAUUGGAAUAAUUUGGUGAUUGUCAUUGUUGUCUUUGUUUCAUUCAUGGCUGGUUUGUUCUUCAUGGUGCUUUAUUACCGUUACUGUCAUAUUCGUCGUAUGAAACAGUCUUACGUGAAUGGCAGUUCAAGAGCAGUUGAUGUUUGUGCAUCCUGCAAACAAAGGGAUUGCUACCAUCACAAAACCCAUGCAAAUUAUUGCAGCAGUGAUCCAUCAGCAAGUGAUGGAACAACAAACAGUUCCCUCCAUCGUUAUCAAAGUUUAGGUUGCUACACCAAGUUGGAGAACCACAACCAUCACCAUCACCACCACCAUCACCAUCAUCAUCAUCAUGAUUUGAACAAUGGGGGUCCUUUUGUACCUGGAGUAUUCAACUGUAAGUUGAACCAGGCCAUCAAACGAAAGAAGAAGAAACCUACAACUUUUGUUCCUCCACCAACAGGAGUCAUUACCUCACUUGGACCUAACCCUCAUUUUGGCAAAAUGGCUUACCCAUGGUGGAAAAGGCCACCUGCUGGAAUCAGUGAUCAUGACGACAGCAUUGGUUCCCGUGUGAAUAUUCAGCAAAAGCUAGCUGAAAAGAAGCAGCAGCAGUUAGCUGAGUUGCGAGUCAUUGAGGAGGAGAUCAAGCAGGGAAAGUUGAACAGACCCCAGCCAGACAUGACUGAGACUGGCACACUGCCUCAGCCAAUUCCUAAGGCUAAGAAGCAACCAUGGCUUGUCCCUGUGCCACCUAAGCCUGCCUUUGUGCCAAUGGCUCUGAUGAAAGAGAGGUCUCACACCCCUGAAAUCCUCCUUUCUCCACAUUAUCUUGAGAACUCUCGAAUCUACUAUGAUGUUGGACCCAAAUGGAAAUACCCUGUCACACCCCACCAUCAUGAUUCAGAGUAUAGUGAAGAGAGCAGUGAACAUUCUCUGGCCUUUGGACCAGUCAGGAUUCCUGUGUUGUCUGGUCGAAGAGGAAAGAAACCCAGAGAGAAGAACCUGGCCUAUAAAUCAUAUCGAAUCCCUUCCGACAUUGAUAGUCAGAUAUCUUUGCCUCGAUCUUACACUUUGCCUCGUGAGUUCAAAUACUUCAGGAAGGCCAAACCACGCAAGAUGGUCAGAGCAGAGCAUUUCAUGGUUUCAGCAAACUCCAGUGAUGGCGAUGUUGAUUCAGGUGAUGAUGAAGAUGACAGAGAAGCUGGAGAACCUGUGACUCCCCUGCCUUUACCUACUCAAUACUCGCAUUUUUCACGUCUGCGGUCACCUCGCCACUUUGCUGGUCACAAUUGCAAUCAUGAGACUCCUCUGUGACAUUCAGUUUGUAAGUGUUGUAUCCAGAAACAGAGGAGUAUUCAGUUGCUAUCUAUUGAAUUUUUUAUGUCUUCGCUCCAUGGAAAGCCUUUGUGUCAGUGUGCCAAUUGCAAGAUCUCAAGCUCAAAAACCUCACGAUGCUGCAUUUCAGGCCAUAUUUUGAGUCUUUCCAUCAUCAGCUUUCUUUCAGGAAUGUGAGACCAGAGGGUGCCAUAUU